AUGAUAAAAGACUUGAAGAUGUCUCUCCUGGUGGCCCUUUUCCUUGGGAUACUUCUUCAGCACAGUCACUCAGCUCGAGGACCAAAUGUAGGACAUGAUACAUGCUGUAUCACCUAUACAAAAGCAGUCAUUCCCUUAUCUAAGCUGGUGGCAUGGUUCAAGACUCCAACAGGUUGUCGCAAGGAGGCCAUUGUGUUUGUUACUGUUCUAAAGAAAUCCAUCUGUGCAAACCCCGAUGAAAAGUGGGUGAAGAAGGCCAUCAGUUUCUUGACCAAAGACAAGAAGAGAGCUGACUCCAAUCCUGAAAUGAACUCAGAUCCACAAAAUUUGAAUAGAUUAAACCCAACUCCACCCAGCUCCCAAACACCAUUCAACAACUCAGCUCAACUCCUCUCAAGAAACCAACUUAACUCCACUUGGCAAACCAAUUCAACUCAACACAUCAACUCAACAUCUCUUAAUAGCUCUAGUCAUCUCAAAAACUAA